GAUUUCUUCAUGUCCGGCCAGUUCUAUAUUACAACUCGGUGCAAUAUAAUAUCAAUGAAGUAAACUGUACUACUCCCUGAAAUGGCAUGGAACACAUCUUCUUCUUCUUCGUCCCCUGGCUUCUGGUCUCUCUUCACCAGAAUUAUCUGCAGAAAAGCUUAUUAUCUUCUUCCGCCGGCAUGCACUAAGGCGGCGGUGUCACGGCCGUCCUCAGUCGCCGGCGUGGACGCGGAGAGUCUGAUCGCACGUUCAGAAGAGUACUCGGAGAUCCCAGAGCUGAAGAGCCAAGAAGUAGUGGGGAGAAAUAUUAAUGAAGUGUGGGAAUGGGCGGUGCUGGUUUCGCCGUUCUUCUUCUGGGGCACGGCCAUGGUGGCGAUGAAGCAAGUUUUGCCCAAGACUGGGCCUUUCUUCGUCUCGGCGUUCCGGUUGAUUCCGGCGGGUUUGAUCUUGGUUUGCUUUGCCGCAUCCCGUGGCCGGAAGUUUCCUUCCGGAAUCGCUGCUUGGCUUUCCAUCGCAGUUUUUGCGCUCGUUGAUGCUGCUUGCUUUCAGGGUUUUCUUGCUCAAGGGCUGGAGAGGACAUCAGCUGGCUUAGGCAGUGUGAUAAUAGAUUCACAGCCUCUAACUGUAUCUGUCCUUGCUGCGCUGUUAUUCGGCGAGUCGAUCGGGUUCAUAGGAGCUGCAGGGCUUGUGUUGGGGGUGAUAGGCCUUCUUCUUCUUGAGGUACCUGUCUUGGUGCUUGAAGAUGGCAAGUUUUCAUUUUGGGGGAGUGGAGAGUGGUGGAUGCUUCUUGCUGCGCAAUGCAUGGCAGUUGGCACAGUUAUGGUUCGUUGGGUAUCUAAGUACUGUGAUCCUAUCAUGGCUACUGGAUGGCACAUGGUUAUUGGUGGUCUACCCCUAGUGGCUAUAUCUUUACUGAAUCAUGACCCUGCUCUUAAUGGGAGUUUUGUGGAGCUAACUUCAACUGAUCUUUUGGCACUACUUUAUACCUCAGUUUUUGGCAGUGCCAUUAGCUAUGGUGUGUAUUUCUACAAUGCAACAACAGGCAGCCUGACAAAACUUAGCUCUCUGACCUUCUUGACUCCAAUGUUUGCUUCCAUAUUUGGGUUCUUGUAUCUUGGUGAGACCUUCACUCUUGUUCAAAUGGUGGGCGCAUUGGUAACUCUGGUUGGAAUAUACAUGGUUAAUUACAAAAGCAGUUAUGAAUGAAGUGUCUACGGGGGGAUGAUACUCGUGGCAGCAGGACCAUGAGGAAGAAAUAUUGUUAGCGGAACAGAUCCUUCGCCAUAUGCUUGUACUGUGUAUGAUAACAGUCAUGGAGGUUGCAGAGUUGCAAAGAGAAAAUGCAGACAAAACAAGAGCUGCUAGGAAUUGAUAUGUAAACAGACACUGAUAGAUUUUAUUGCAGUCAUAUCCAUAAACAAAACUAAUAUGUCCA